AUGAAAAUUGCCAGUGUUGCGGUCCAAGUGGGAGAUGAUGGCUUCGUUAGUAGUAGUGGUACUGUUCAGGUGUGUCACUGGUCACAGGAGAAUCCAUCUCGUCGACCAUUCUUGGCGCAGACAAAGUUCGCCGUACGCGAUUUACAAGUUCUUUUCGUAGACAAAUGGAAGCGCGUAGGGUUGCAAUCUGAACAGCAUUACAGUCGGCCUUACAUGGCGUGUUGUCAAAUCGUCCCUUCCCGGUCUGGGCUGGUACGCGUGGUGGCAGUUAGGGCACUGCAUAUUGUUCGCGCCUCCUCAUCAAUUCUAUUUGCACAGCACCAUCUCCGUCACCUUGUUAUUGACAAUACAUUUGGUCCCACAAUCUUUAACAUUUUUACUUGCGCGAGGGCUUUCCACACAUACACUGAUGGCCCCAAUAACGUCGAAGGCUUUUCCUUCCGAGACGACGACGCCACGAGACUACGAGGAAGCGACCGACUAGGAGUCCUGUCAAAUCUGGGUCAUCAAGUCAGUUUCACCGUUUGCAACGAUCGUAAAUCCCGUCUCGUCACGAAGCUCAUGGAAGAACGACUCUACUCUCCCUACGCUGAACCCUCGUUCGAAAUAACGCCGGCGAACGCCUCUCUUGUGUACAUUUCCCACUUCACCAAGGACAACAUCAACUUCGCCUACUGCAUCAGAGGAAGUCACAUGACAAAGUUUCUUAUUGGGACCUUUGGCAUGCAAGCAUACGACGGUCCCGCCCUGAUAACACCCGUUGUCUUGUUUUCACAGGAAAGUCUGCUCAAGGGAGUUACCCUAUUAGGAUAUCAGUCAAACUCGCAAUUGAGAGUGAACAAGAACAACACUCAAACGGAAAAGGUCCGGUGGAGAUAUUUGUAUGAGACAGCAAGGAUACAAUGGGCCAAGUUGAAGUUUGAUAUGACGAGAUGGAUAGACCUGAAAGAUGAGAUUCAAGAAGCUCUCAAGUCAAAACAGCUCCUUGGGCUCGCCCCAGAGAGUGACGAGGAAAUGCAUGAGGACGCAAACGAAAACGAUGCUGAUUCUGACGGUGAGCCGGGGGUCUCAUCGGUCACAUCGCGCCAGAUUCAAAAAAGCCCAGAGACAGCCGAUAGGGGCAUGACCAGGCCCGGAGGAUUAGAAGAAGCGGGACGCGAUGAUGAGAGUAUUCCGGACAGAACUUUAGGUGACGUGGAAACAGACAGUUCAGAGUCUGCGGGGCUUGAUAUUAAUAUUCUCUCGCUGCUUCACUCUAUUAUCGAAAGCGGUGGGAAACCUGACGACCUUUAUGCUUACCUUGCCAAGCGCGACACCCAUGGAAAUAUUGUAGGGGAUCAGGAGCUGAGAGACAAGGUAGUGGCUCUUGUCGAUACAAUUUCCCUUAUUAUCGAUUAUAACCAGCAAGUUCGGGACAACGAAGCCAUGGGAAGAGAGACCUCAGAUAUUGCUAAAGAAGAGUUGAUGAACUUUUAUCGUAUACGAGAUGAGUUGGUAGAGGAUAUCCACGAGAUCAGGAUGCUACCAGAGGAUACGAAAGAUGAUUUCUCCGGCACCUCCUCCGACAAGAUGCGACCUCCUUGGGUACUAAGCGAAGACGAGAAGGUCACAAUGGGAGUCAUGGUCGCCAUGGCUAUAGAGCAACCCCCAAGGAUUGCUUUACGUCUACUGCAGGAUAACCACUGGGAUGUCGACGAAGCCAUAGAGUCUUGGUUCGACGUGCCAGAAGACCAGAUGUAUUAUCUGGAAGACGGCGAGAUUAUUGGUGGUCACAAUAGUUUGAAUGCACCGAGAAUGAGGGAGACACACUUAGCCUCGGUAGCAAGCUCAAGCGGUCUCAAAAAUCUGAAAGAAUCUACACCAGAAGAUCUCGCGGCCGACAGGGCCCGCUUGGAGAGACUCAUCGCGCAGGAGAACGGGACGCCAAAUGCUCAGCAACCCAGACAACAACAACGACUCGAACAGCAAGACACAAAUCCGUGUGGUAUUCCCAACAUGGUCAAGAAAUCACCAACUCUCAAGCUCUGGCAGAAGCCCCAAGAUCCUACCCCGGACACAUCCUCACCCCCAAUCCAGCCCGCAAACACCUUGGGAGCAAUGCACAAAGAAAUAAUCGACGCCUUUGCUAGUACUUCCACCUUUUCAGAUUGCAUUCCCACCCCACCAGAAUCGACCAAACGCCCGGUGUCGCAGGACUUCCAUAAUCUGGCUGCAGAUGCCCUGGCGUCCAUGGGUAAGAAACGGAUGUUGGAAGUGUCUUGUGCAAAGCAGUGGCAGCAGGAAGGGGAAGAAGAUGAAGAAGAAGAAGAAGAUGAAGAAGGAGAUGAAGAAGAAGAUGAAGAAGAAGAAAUCAUAGACCCAGAAAAAGGACUAGCGUUGCUAGAGCAGGCAGUGAACAUUAAUGAAUCAAAUUUGGGCAAGCGGCUGUCUGCCAUGGCCAAGGCAGGAUUGAACCAAGCCGAGGCGAUGCGUAGGGACAGUGCGAUGGAUGCGGGUACGAUGGAUGCGGGUGAGAGUGCUAUUCAGACUGGUACAGGAAGGGAUAGGAACGUGUCUGCCGAGGCUAGAAAGAGGAUUGAGCAGAGGCAAGAUGAAGAAGAAGAAGGAAAAAGAAAAGACGAAGAAUAA